GAUAAUAUACAUUCGAACAGCUCCAAAUCAAUCACCAUGCUCCUCGCUCUUUGAUCCCCAAUACGAAAACCUUAAACUUUUUCUUUAAUUUUCUGUUUUUAUUUAAUUCUUUGCGAUUUGAAUGAUGAAGAAGGAAUUCGCGGUGCCACCGGUACUAUUCCCGUCCGGGGGAAACCCCGGGGCAGGCAGCGUCGUCCAGCAACGGCGGGUUCCGACUGCGCCGUUUCAGCCUCCUCGCCCCGCCGCCUCUGGCAUCCCUUUCAUGUCUUUUGAUAUCGGGUCCGUAACGACCUCCACCUCCUCCGCCUCGAACUACGGUGGUCCCAUCGUCGGCGCCUCCGGGGGAGCAAGCUUCGAGGACGAGGAGCCGUUGCUGGACGAGCUCGGCAUACACCCGGACCAAAUCUGGAAGAAAACCAGGGCGAUCCUCAACCCGUUCCGGGUCAAUCCAGCGAUGCACCAGGACUCGGACCUGUCCGGCCCGAUACUCCUCUACAUGUGCCUCUGCCUCUUCCAGCUACUCGCCGGGAAGAUCCAGUUCGGCGUCAUACUUGGCUGGAUCGUCGUUUCCUCUAUCUUUCUUUACGUGGUGUUCAACAUGCUGGCAGGAAGGAACGGUAACCUCAAGCUACACACUUGUACGAGCGUGGUUGGCUACUGCAUGCUUCCCGUGGUGAUCUUCUCGGCCGUGUCGCUGUUCCUGCCCCAAGCUGGUGCGGUCAGGUUCGCGAUAGCCUCGGUCUUCGUUUUCUGGGCGACGAGGGUCUGCACGGGUCUCAUGGGCGCGCUUGCCGAUGGAGGCGAUGAGCAUCGCGGACUGAUAGCGUAUGCGUGUUUCUUGAUUUACACCCUGUUCUCGCUGCUUGUUAUAUUCUAGUGAAAAUUUGUUGUGGAUGCUUGGAAAUUGAAAAUUUUGGUUAAAUCGAACACCUUUUCGUCGUAGAUGUAGUUUUGGCUUAAUUAUCACCGACAUGAACCUGAAUGCUAUCGUUGGAGUGCAUUUUAUUUUAUAGAAAAAUGAAGUUGAUACUUGUAAAUGAAUUCGUCUGAGGUUAUUAUGUAUAACGUUUUACUUUCGCUGUA